AAUUUGCUACAUUCAACAGAAGCACCUUUCCCCGAAUACAAAACUCAAGCAUUAAAAAAGUCUCGGUUCAUUCUUCCACAUUAUGGCGUCUUUAAAGGAUUCUGGGAUUGGAUAAUAUUGGUAUCAACAUUUUAUGUGGCCAUUUUGGUGCCGUACAAUGCAGCAUUUGCGAAGGCAGACCGUCAAACAAUGGUAUCCGAUGUUAUAGUAGAGGCGCUCUUCAUUGUGGAUAUAUUGCUUAAUUUUAGAACAACUUUUGUUUCUACCAAAGGUGAAGUUGUAUCUGAUUCUAAGAUGAUAGCUAUUAAUUAUCUAAAAGGAUGGUUUGUGGUGGAUUUAUUAGCUGCUUUGCCAUUUGAUCACUUGUAUGCUUCGAAUUUAUAUAAUGGAGAAGAAUCACAUAUACAUCUCGUAAAAUUAACUCGUUUGUUGCGGCUAUUGCGCUUAUUACAAAAAAUGGACAGAUAUUCACAAUACACAGCAAUGAUUUUAACGUUGUUGAUGCUGUUAUUUUCACUAGUGGCACAUUGGUUGGCUUGUAUCUGGUAUGUCGUCGCUGAAAAAGAAAACAUGCUAAAUGAAAAUGGAUGGGAUAUUGGUUGGAUGCACGCAUUAGCCGAGAGAUUAAAAAUUCCAGUUUCAAAUAUCACAAAUGCUGAAGCUUACUCUACAGCUCUGUACUUCACUUUUACAAGUUUAACUUCCGUCGGAUUUGGAAAUGUCUCCGCCAAUACAACAGCAGAAAAGGUGUUUUCAAUUGUAAUGAUGCUGAUUGGAGCCCUAAUGCAUGCAGUGGUGUUUGGAAACGUCACUGCAAUUAUUCAACGAAUGUACUCUAGGCGGUCGUUGUAUGAGAGUAAAUGGCGCGAUCUUAAAGACUUUAUAGCUUUACAUCAGAUGCCGAAAGAACUCAAACAACGGAUUGAAGACUAUUUUCAAACUUCAUGGUCUCUUAACCACGGAAUAGACAUAUACGAGACAUUACGAGAAUUUCCUGAGGAACUGAGAGGAGACGUUUCAAUGCAUUUACAUCGAGAAAUUCUUCAACUGCCUAUUUUUGAGGGUGCAUCCCAAGGUUGUCUCAAAUUGCUUUCUCUACAUAUAAAAACUAAUUUUUGUGCUCCCGGAGAAUAUCUUAUACAUAAGGGUGAUGCUCUCAACUAUAUAUAUUAUCUGUGUAACGGUUCCAUGGAAGUUAUAAAAGACGAAAUGGUAGUUGCAAUUCUUGGUAAAGGAGAUCUAGUUGGAUCUGAUAUCAAUGUACACCUUGUUGCCACUUCAAAUGGGCAAAUGACAGCAACAACAAAUAUGGCAGGACAAGAUGUCGUUGUAAGGUGUAGUAGCGACAUCAAGGCUCUGACCUAUUGUGCCUUAAAAUGUGUGCAUAUGGGUGGUCUUGUAGAAGUUUUGCGUUUAUAUCCUGAAUAUCAACAACAAUUCGCUAAUGAUAUUCAACAUGACCUGACAUUUAAUUUACGAGAGGGUUAUGAAUGCCAUGAUUCUGAUAUUGGACCAGCUUUUCCUCUUCCGAGCAUUAGCGAAGAUGAUGAAAAUCAACAUGAUACAGAAGGUAAUGAAGAUGUUGAAAAUGAAACAGCUACAGGCACAACAGUCUCACCACAUCAUAGCAUUACAACACCAUCGCCAUUGCACGGUCGAUCUCCACUCUUGGGAUUAAACAGCCCGCGUAUAAAGAAAGUCCAUGCUAGAGGUCGGUCUCUCAUGACUCUACGAGAACGAGUUGAAAGACAGCGCUCCAUAAAUAUGAUGUCGAGUGUGGACACGACGUCAUUAGAUGAAGAUAUUAAUAGUGAUGUUUUAGAUACUGCUGACAAGAACCAAUAUAAAAGACAUUCCCUUGAACGAUUAGACUCACAAGUAACAACGUUACACCAGGAUAUGACCCAAUUAAGUCUCGAGGUUCGAAAUGCAUUACAAGCAUUACAAGAAAUUACAGUUUCAAAUAUGGCUUCGCAGGCAAGUCUUAAGUUUUUGCCUGCUCGUUCAAUUCCAAACAUAAGUGAAAAUACGGCAAUUGGAGCCAAUUUUUCAUCAAUUAAUAGCGAAGAUUCUACCCUUCAACGAUGUUCCUCCCAUCCUCCUGAAAUUUGGGGUCGUGAAAUGCAUUCCGUUCCAUCCGAAGUGCAAGGCACAGUUUUAGAAGUAUCCAACUCAUCGCAGAUUACAUCAAAGUCUUCAUCUCCAGUAGCAUCAAAAGAAAAACAAAAAAAUUCGCGAGGAUGUCAAACUGAAUUUAAUAAAGUUGACUUUUGUAUCUUUGAGCAAUUUGUAGUUUCUAAUCCACGACUUGUUCUUGGAUGGCUUGGAAUUAAUACAAAUGUUCAUUCUGAGUUGGAAGUAAUUCAACAACAACAAGUUUCGCAGUUAUCUCCAUUAAAUACUAUACAGGAAGUAAUUUCCCCAGAUCCUUUAUCUGCCACCAAUAACCUAUGUUGGGCAAUGGAUAAUAUGACCCAUGGUCAAUCAACAGAUGCAUUACUGCAGAUUGAAGAUCCUAUUGCUAACCCAACAACCUGCAUCCCAUCAGAAGAAAACAAUUUGAAAUGCCAAAAGCAUUAUAGUUCUUUCAAAUCAAUACAUAUCAGCAAGAGCAAUUCAAGUCUUUCUAGUACAAGCAGUCCCAGCAGUAGUCCAUCAUUUUCAAGGUCAAAAACAGAUACUAUUGACAAAUUCCUUAAUCAGAGUGAUAAUAUUUUUAAACGGCAGUCAUGGAAGUUACAGCGUUCAAAAAGUGGCGAUUAUAAAAUAUUAAAUGAGUAUAUUGCAGAAAUCUCCGAUGCUACUACAGAACCAAAACAAGAUGAUGCUUCAGGAAAACAAAAUACAAUUCACUCACUUUUAAGUGAUAAUUCUCAAAGCUUAAAAUCUUCAUCAACAAUAGCACCAGCGCUUCAUAGAUUUUCGGCUGGUGAUGCCGAUAAACUGGAAAAAGGAAUGUGUAAUCUUAAAUCCACAUAUUCUCUACGGGAUAACCUAAUACAUUAAGCAAUCGACUUGAAUUUGUGUUUUGUUACAGAUUUAUUGUUUUUAACAUAUUUUACAAAAAAUUUCUAUUCGCCCAUUUGGUACAUGACUGCCAUAACUGAAAAUACGGGGAAAUACAAAAUAUGGCCUAUUUUAAAAUCUAUCCUAUACAGUGGGGUGCCAUUGGAGCCAACGACAGUCAUGGAAAAUACAGCAGAAAGUGACGAUUAUAAAAUACUAGCUAACCCAGUCAUAUUUCCAUUUAAUGGGAAAACCACUCCCAUUUUCUACUUGAAAAAAAUCGAAGUACAUACUUCCAAAAUAAUUACAUUUAUCACCACUACAA